AUGUCAUGGCGUAUGCGCCAUCGCUCCAGGACAAUCUGCUUGUCCUUGGCCUUUGUUACCAUUUUCUUCCAUCUCCUCCUGGCCCUCGUCUCUCUUUCCAUUCGCCACCUGCCCUGCGACACCCCGCGGCCACUCAGGACCCACGUCCUUAGAGACUUGGCGCAGGCCAACAUGUCGGAGGGAAUCGGAGGAAAUUCUGAGCUUUCAGCUAAAAGAGACACGUCUUAUGAAGAUGGCAAAACAGACUCAAACGGUAAAGUGUUCCCUGGCCAAACCGUGCCUGUGAAGGGAAAUAAAAACACCAAAACCCUGCAAKUGACGAAAGGCCGCCAUGGAAAUGAAUCCUGGGAGUCUGAUUCGCUAAAACUGAAGGCACUGUUUGACCAUCCACUUUACAACAUGCCAAGGCCGGCUGUCCCCGAGGAYGACUGGCUUCUCAAAGUCAAACCAAAGGUCAAGGAAAGUGCAAGGAGCUCCCAGAUGUGUAACUCAGUGCAGAAGUCUGGGGGGACGCAGUUGAAGCUGGUGAUGUCAUUUCCCAACUACGGACAAGCCUUGUUCAAACCGAAAAAGCAGGAGAGAGAUGARGAGACCAACUACAACCUUUAUUACUUCUCUGACUUUGAGAGACAUAAUGCAGAAAUCGCAGCGUUCCACUUGGACAGAAUUUUGGGCUACAGGAGGAUCCCUCCUGUGGUGGGCAGACUAGUGGAUGUGGUGAAGGAAAUUAAAGAUGUCACGACUGACCCCAAGUUGGCUAAAACCUUCUUUAAUUCCCCCGUGGGCAAUGUGUGCUUCUAUGGGCAGUGUUCCUAUUACUGCUCCACUGAGCACGCUGUUUGUGGCCACCCCCGGGAUCUGGAGGCCUCCUUGGCUGUUAUGCUGCCAGAGCUGUCUCUGGCUAAACGUAGGAGCUGGAGAUCCCCCUGGAGACGCUCAUACAGUAGAAGCAAGCUGGCAAAAUGGGAGACAGACUCUGAUUACUGUGCUACUGUGAAAAAGACCCCACCAUACGACAAAGGCACAAGACUGGUGGACUUCAUGGAUAUGGUCAUAUUGGACUUCUUGAUGAGUAACAUGGACAGGCAUCACUAUGAAACAUUCGAUAAAUUUGGCAACAAUACUUUUCUGCUCCAUUUGGACAAUGGGAGGGCAUUUGGGCGUCACACAAAAGAUGAACCUUCUAUUUUAGCCCCACUAGAACAGUGCUGCAGAAUCCGUCGCUCCACUUGGCUGCGUCUUCGCCUCCUCUCUUUGCCUCAGUAUCAUAUCAGUGAUGUCAUGAGAGCCUCGCUGUCUCAGGAUCCCCUUCACAAGGUGGCUCCUCUGCUCUCUGAGCCACACCUCGCUGCUCUCAGCCGACGGUUGACAAUCGUGCUGGAGACUGUAAGUCUUUGCCAAGAACGGCAGAAAAAAGAUGGCGGUGCUGAGGACGUCAUCUAUGAUGACCUUGCACAUUUGAARCAGAGCACAGACCAGUGAGCAGUACCACACCUCUAUUUUCUAUUUGUAUUUAUA